UGUUUUGAAUUUAUUAAUUUGAAACGGGAUAUGCAAUAUAUAGGCUCUCAUUUGGAUCUGCUUUCAUGCAUUUGAGUGUGGUUCGUUCAAAUAAAUCCUAGAUAUUUCAUGGAUUUUGGCUGUCUAAAUAUCUAAUUCUAGUUAUUGGCAUUCAGGGAAUAACAUUAGUUAUGGGACUGUUUAGCCUUGUGCCAAAGUGAGAUUGAUUUAACUGUUUGUGUCUGCCGAACUCUUCAUCUAUGCUCCGAUGGUAUUGAUAAAGUAUAUGAGCAACUGAAUUAUAUUUACAUAUUUUCAAGGAUUUGAUCCAAAUAGUUUAUCGCAUAUUUGCAUGACAAAAAAUGGAAGGUCAACGGUCACCAGGUGGUAAGGUGCUGCACGGAUGGGCCUAUGGUUGUCAAGACCUGCAAGGAUCAAUGAAGCCUUCUCAUGAACAAAAGCCAUGCAUGCUCGAACUUCCUUCUGCUUCUGGUUUAGUUGAGAAUGAGGGACAUGAAAACAUGGUUAUUGAGGAUGAUGUGACAAAUUAUGCUGAACAAGGCACACUUGAGCACAAUGAAGUUGGUAAGAGUGAGGAUGGUUCCCCCUGGCAGCGCAUGAAAUGGACUGGAAAAAUGGUGAAGCUUUUGAUCACUAUUCUUUCUUACAUUGGGGAGGAUCCUUCCACUGAUUGUGUGGGUAGUCAGAGAAAAAUGUCUUCUCUUUUGAGGAAACUAGGAAAAUGGAAGUGUGUUUCAAAGGUUAUGGUUGAGAGGGGUUACCAUGUAUCUCCUCAACAAUGUGAGGAUAAGUUUAAUAAUUUGAACAAAACAUAUAGGAGACUGAAUGAUUUACUGGGGAGAGGCACUUCUUGCAAGGUUGUUGAGAACCCAAAGCUUUUGGACGUAAUAGAUUUAUCUGAGAAGGGGAAAGAAGACGUAAGAAAAAUUUUGACUUCAAAACAUUUGUUUUUUGAAGAGAUGUGCUCCUAUCACAAUGGCAAUCGAUUGUAUCUACCUCAUGAUCCAGAUUUGUUGCAGUCUUUGCUGUUAAUUCUGAAGAAUGAAAACGAGAAUGAGCUUCAUGACUUGAGCCAGCCUGAGCUUUAUGGUACUGAUCAAAAAGCUGGAGUCCUUGCUGAAGGUGAUGCAGCUGAGGAUAGUGGGGCAACUUCUGGGAUUCCAGUGUUCUCAGCAAGGUUGAGACUGACUAAUGAAAAUGAAAUUGCUGGUUUUGGGAAUACUUCAAAGCCAUUGGAUUCUAACCAACCUUUAGAUGCUCAAGGUGAUUUAGCUGAGUACAAUGGGACAAAUUCUGGGUUUUCUGCAGUCUCUGCAAUGUGGUUGAAGCAAACAAAUGAAAACAAAGUUGCAGGCCUUGGGAAUCCUUUGAAACCGUGGGAUUGCAACCAAAUUUCAGAUGCUCAACCACUUUAUAAUUUCACUCAUCAGAAUCUUUGUUGCCCUGAAGGCAAUGAGGCAGAUAGAUCACAGAAUCAACAGAUGGCAUAUCGCAUGUAUCAACUAGAGAUGCAAAAAUUACAGCUAAAAUCCGAGAUGCUUAAGUUAGAGAAGCAGCGGUUCAAGUGGCAGUGUAACAGCCUGAAACAGGACAUGGAGGUGGACAAGAUGAGAAUGGAAAACAAGUGUCUGAAACUUGGGAAUGAGUGCAUAGCAAUGCAACUUAAGCAGAGAAGUAUGGAUCUUAAAAGGGAUUAAGCUGAUUAAUUAAUUAGCACAUGAAUCUGGGUAUAUCUGUUUCUUUAUUUCUCUGCUAAUCUGUAUCCAUCAAACAAUUUCUUUUUCUAUCCUUGACUGCUGUUUGCAAUAGUUUCAAAGAUUCUCGCGCCCUCUCUCUCACAAGUAUAAGUUUUCCCUUCUAUCUAACCGAUGCAUGUCUAUGUUAUCUUUGCGUAAUUCUAUUGCCUUUGGAUUUUCUUGAUGUUACCUGAUUACCUUUAAUCACAUUCUGAAGAUUGAAAAACUCCAUAUUUGUCAAUAUUAUAAAUCACUAAGAUGCUGAUCCAAAAUAAGCAUUUUCUCUUUAAUCACCUUCCUUAUUAUCCUUUGAAGGGGUUUUAAUAUUUCUGACUAAUUGUGAUCACAAGCUCCAGACAGUCAUUGCCACCAGCGCACCAAGGAGUGAAACAUGGUCUGAGCAGGCUUUAACUUGAUAACAUGGCCCAUGAUCAAUCCUAUGGUACGGUUGAUCUGUAAUCUGUCAAGCUGUUCGUUCUUAUUCUAAUUUUAUGUUGGUUUAACUUGGUUUGUGUGCUCUUAAUUACGUGAAACGAGUUUUUACUAAAUUAAGUGAAAAAGGGAUCCUAAAAAACCCAAACUUUUCGAAUUUCAACUCUCUAUUUUAAGAUUUAAGAAACAAAAAACAAGUUAAAACUAUGCUAGAUUGUCAGCCACUGCCUGCCUUGAACCUUUCUGCACCAUUGAAUAACAAAUGGUCAAAACCAAAAAAAUGGAAACAACAGAUCCCUAUUUAAGCUCCCCAGAAGGCAAAUGAUUCUCAUCACAAGAAAGGCUCCAUUUCCUUCUUUGUUUCUUCUUCGAACCCUUUCUCAUAAGAGAGAAAGGUUUCCUUCCUCUUUGGAGUUAAUUUUUGGAGAUUUGAUCAGACAUGGGUGCCUGCGCUAGUGUGCCAAAGGCAAUGAGGGAUGAGGCCUCUGCCCCACUUCCGGAACCAGCCAAGGAGGAGUCUGUUCAGGCUGAGCACACCCCUGAGGAACUGAUGGUCGAAAAAAAGGAAAAUGAAGCUGAUGAAAGCAAACAACAAUCUCUUGGUUCUUUGCUUGAUGAGCCUGAAAAGACUGAGGCAGACAAGGAACCAACCGAGGCCCAGCAGCCCCAGGUAGAACUUCCUGCAGAGCCAAAGCCAGAGGAAUCAAAACAAGAAGAAACAAAGGUAGAGGCCCAAAAGGAAGAACCAGAGGCAGAACCAAAGAAAGAAGAACAAAAGGCAGAGGCUAAGGAGGAAGAACCCAAGGUAGAGCCAAAGAAAGAAGAACCAAAAACAGAGGCACCAGCUGCCCCAGCGGAGAGCGAGGAAGAGAAGGAAAAGAAGACAGAAGCAAAGGAAUCUCAGUAACAACAUUGCAGUACCAAGAAGAAUUCUUGUUAAAUUCAUUCUAUGGGGAAAUGAGCUCUGAUUGUGAGCUUAAUUGUAAAAUUCUACUAAGUAUUAUUGUAGGAUGAUAUUUUGUUUCUAUAGGGAGUGCCCUGUUCGAUCUUAACUGCAUAUGUAAUUCAACCAGGGGCUUCCACGCUUGGUUUUGAUCUCUCUUUUUCUUUCA